AUGUCUGAUGAAGAAGAAGAUUAUAUGUCAGAUAAAUUCUUAACUGGCCUGUCCGAUGUUCGUCCAAGUCUAAUUAAUAAUCGUGCCAAAAAGCGUCAAAUAAUGGUAGAGUCCAAGCAAAAGGAUCACAUUAAAAAACAACGAGACAUGAGAGCACAAUGCUCCGCUGUAGUUAACAAUGAAAAGUUACAGGAAGCACUAAGUAAACCCCUGGAAAAUGAUAAUAAAGGUUUUAAGUUAUUGGCAAAAAUGGGUUAUAAACCUGGUCAAGCAUUGGGUAAAGCAAAUGGAAAUGAAAACUCAGGAGAAGCUCCUACACCAUCAAGACUAUUAGAACCAAUUGGAAUAACUCUGAAGUCGGAUCGUCAAGGUCUGGGUAGAGAAUCUGCUCUGCGGGAGCUUAUGGAAAAACAAAUUCAGCUAAGAAAGCAACGUUUGCAAAAAGAAAAUGGUGCCGAAACAUCCAUUGAAGAAUUUCGACGAAGAACAAAUGAAAAGGCCGAAGAGAGAUUUGUUACAAAUGCACUUAAGCGCUGUCAAAAAACCUGUGAAAAUUUAGAUAUACAAAAUCAUGUAGACACCCCAGCGAUGCCAUGGUUUUGGCCUGAGCUAAUCAAAGAAAAAGAUGAAGCCAAUGAUGAAGAAGAAAAUCACAGCUCCGAUUCUGAAGAGGAAGUAACGGAUGAAUUUAGCAAUGCCGAAAAAUUGGAAAUGUUAACAAAUUACAUACGUACAUCCUAUAAUUUUUGUUUUUGGUGUGGAAUACGCUAUGAGGAUCUAGACGAUUUAAAUACAAAUUGUCCUGGCUUAAAUAAAGAUGAUCAUUAA